GGCCCAACAGCCCAAACCCGUCGGAGUCUGAGCGAGGAAACGUUUAACCGUCGCACUCAAACACGUUUGGCCGUUUGGGCCUUCCUUCGGUGACGUGCCAGCCAAUUCCUGUCUGCAACUUCUGAAGAAAUGCCUAAGCGAGCUCCACCGCAUUGAUCUACUGAUACCGGCGACCGUUGCAGAGGAAUGUCGAACUGGAUCUCCUCUAAGCUCAAAGUCGCCGAGACUUUCUUCGAGCAGAUUGAUCAGCAAGCGGCCGACUCUCUCAAGAAGAACGAGGAGCAGCGAUUUGAGGACCAGAAGUUCGACGUCCCGGCGAAAGCUGGCGGCGCUGUGCCUUUGAAGGUUCAGCUCAAGAAGAAGUCACCGGAGGCUCUUGCUAACGAUGAAUACUUAGGGAAACUGGGUGCUGAUUCUGGGGUUAGGAAGAGUUACAGUGGCAGCAAUGUAGAGAAGGAGGUUUCGAUUGCCCCAAAACCUAAGCCCGCUCUCACUGAUAGUGAUUGGACUGAGCUUCUCAAUAACCCUAAUCCACCUUCAACUACUUUGAACCGGAGUGGUCGAGGAUCUGGGAUUCGUGGUCCGAGGAAGGAUUUGAAGCGGCAGGUAAGCUAUGGUUCCAGUUCUGGAAUAGUGGAAGGGAAGAGAAAUCUGAAGCCCAGUGGCAAUGCGGAUAGAGGUCUCAACACUCAGAGGAGAUCGGAUCCUCUGUUGGGAAAUAAGCUUAUUUGUGCAAAGCGGAGUGAUGGGGAAGAAUCUAGCUCAUCUGCUAGGUCUUCAAAUGUUGAGUCACAUACUGAUGGGAAGGUUGUGGAUAAGCUAGAAGAGGACCAUAAGGAGAGAGUUGUGGAUGAGGUGGAUAACCGCAAGAGUGGCGAAGGCAAUGGGGAUGGCUGGCAGUUUCAAUCUGAUGAUAUUUCUGAUGCCAAGGUUUUGAGUGCAGGGGAAACGGAUCAUCACGUUGACGUGUCUCCGGCAUCGCAGAAUGUUGAUGAUGUACCUGAGGAGAAGAAAGGAGCGAGUGAUGUUUAUGAUCGAAUAAGAAGUACAGUAAAGGGGAAACAGAGGUCUGGUGCUGCUUCUAAAAGUUCAGUCUCGAAUGAUCUGAAAAGAGGUUCUUACUCAUCAAGUGGUGGGGACUCUGAUUCAGAUAGUGAAUCCGGUUCCUCUACUGAUUCUGAGAGUGAGAGAGAAAGAGAGAGAAGGGAGAAAAUUUUGGCUGAAAAAGCAGCAGCAAGGGCUGCUGAGGCAGUUAAAGAGCGAGAGAAUUAUGUUGCUAGAUUGGAAGGAGAGAAACAUUAUUUGGAGAAAAUACUUGAAGAGCGAGCAAAACAAGCGGCUGAAGAGGCUUCAGAGCUGCAAACAAAUAUGAUGGAAACGAUGGAAGCUGCCGAUUUGGAGAAGCAGAAACAUAAUUAUACUAGAAUGGAAGCCCUUGCUCGAUUGGGUAAACUGGAGACUGAAAAUGCUGAUCUUGCAAAAUCUCUAGCCACUGUUCAGAAGAAUCUGGAGAUUGAGAGUAAUCGAGUGACAGAUCUACGACGAGAAGUUGAGUUGAAAGAAAUGUCAGUUGAAGAAUUCAAGAGGAAGAUUUCUGAGACGCAGCAGACUGGAAAACAUAUUAACCAAUUGGGCGCCUCAAAAGGUGUAGAAUUUGAGCGGGAAAUUCUUGAAGCUGAGUGCUCCUUUUUGGCUGACAAAAUUGGAAGACUGGAAGUCAAGGCAAAAGAGCUGGAGGCAGAUAUUGAAGUGACGAGAAAAGAUUUGGAAGAACCAACAGAAGUGGAGCUUGAACUAAAACGAAGGCUUGGGCAGUUGACUGACCAUUUGAUUCAGAAACAAGCUCAGGUUUGUCAAUUAAAAGUUCUUCUUUGCUUUAUUUAGACCGUUCGUCAUUGAUCGCCCAAUGAGUUUUUUCCCAUGUUGCUUGGAUGAAUCAGGUGGAGGCGCUUUCUUCUGAGAAGGCAACUCUCCAGUUCAGAAUAGAGGCUGUGAUGAGAUUGCUGGACGAGAACAAGUCCACUACGAGCUCCAAGGAUUUGGAAUCAGGAUCAAGUACAUGGGGGGAGAAGGCGAGUGAGAGACGAAUGGCACUGGAGGAUAAACUUCGGUCCGGAAGGAAACACUUGGGUUCAUUGCUCGAGCAGCUCGACGCCAUCUUUGGCGCAGGUGCAGUAUUCCUGAGGAGGAACCCCAGCGCGAAGAUGUGGGCUGGGAUUUACCUGGUAGGCCUUCACUUCUGGGUCAUUUACAUACUGUCGUCUCACUCCGGUCCAGCUGAGGGAAGAUCCGGUGCUGUCGUCUCACUGGAGAAUAUUAAUAAUACUGGCGCUGUAUAGCUCUUGUUUUCCCGUUGAGUUCAUUACCUUCAACCAAAAUGUUGGACACAGUGAUGUUUUUGGUGGGGCUGGGUGUUUGUUUGUAAUUACACUCCUACAGCAAAUAGCGUUGGAAUAGUAAAUAGAGAUCGACAUUACAUCAAUGAAUUCUUUUGGCAUCUCAGUUGCUUAUAACCAUAUAUACCUUAUCAGUUUAGCGAGAAACCCAAAAUUCGUAUACAUUCUAUAUUGUGAAUUAGUGCUCUGGUUGGUUACGG